AUGGCGACCCAAAACGCUACGUCCCAGUCGCCCUCCGAUCCCUGCGUCAUUAUAUCCGGCUUCGUCGCCAUUGGAAAGACGUGGCUUACCGAGAACGCAAGCAGCGCCGGAUUAUACGAUUACAACAUCUUGGAUCUGGACUCGGCCCAGUUUCCGAAAGAUGCUGACGGAAGGCGCGGACCGGAAUUUAAGCCCGCCUACUUGGCAAAGGUGAAGGAAUCCAUCGCACCAAACACAAUCAUCUUGGUUUCUACCCACGUGGAAAUACGAACAGCACUGGUCGAGCAAGGCUUGAACUAUGCCUUGGUUUAUCCCUCCGACCACUUGAAAGAGGAAUGGAUCUCGCGUUUGCAGGAGAGAGAGGAAACUGAAAAGCUGGUUCAGGUCGUCCAAAACCUCUGGCCAGACAUGAUGGACGGAUGCAAGAGCCAGAGCAGCUGUCAACACUUUGUUCUCGGGGAAGGCCAAUAUCUAUCCGACAUAAUCGGGGACAUCAUUCGGCAUGUGAAGCCAAUCAAGGAUCAGCGUCAAGGGGUGCAGGCAGGAAAUCGACCUACGACACCCCACGGCGACAUUUGA